AUGGACAUAUCAAUUUCUGAUCCGAAUCUGAUCCGUUUUCAGCCUAGUAUUUCAUUAUUUUCAAGUGAAGCCUGUGGGGGUGCCUUUAUUCUGAUAUCAUUUCAGAUACAGAUCUGGACGAGCAGUUAUGGAUUAGAUUUAUGUUGUGUGCAGCUUCUAGAAGCUAAACUGUGUGUUAUUUCUCUCAAGAUCCGACCUCUAUGGAGACAUUGCUUCCAGAACACCCAGGGCCUUAUCUUUGUUGUCGACAGCAAUGACAGAGAUCGUAUUGUUGAGGCUAGAGAUGAAUUGCACAGGAUGCUUAAUGAGGAUGAAUUGAGGGAUGCAGUGCUGCUGGUUUUUGCGAACAAGCAGGAUCUUCCUAAUGCCAUGAAUGCCGCAGAAAUCACUGAUAAGCUUGGCUUGCACUCCCUCCGCCAACGUCACUGGUACAUCCAGAGCACAUGUGCCACGUCUGGGGAGGGUCUGUAUGAAAGAUUGGACUGGCUCUCAAACAACAUUGCUAACAAGGCAUAGAUAAUGCUGGUUGGGAACGUUGUUGGAGCUGAAAACAUUAGUACAUAUCGAGUAUGCAAGAGUGCUGCCCCAAGGAUCAAUUUGCUUAUUUUUCUACCUCCAUAGACUUGAGCAUCUGUUGUCAUUUAGAUAAAGAAUGAUCUGGAAAUUUGUUCUCCUUACCUAGCUACUAAUUUUUUGCUAUUUUUCUUUUACCUGCCAAUUGCGUUGUUUGAAGACCUUGCUUGGGUGAUAUAAUAGUUUUAUUUCUACAAAAGAACUUGGUUCGUAUAAGACCUAUCUGCCACUUCCA